AAUACAUUUUAAUCUGCCUAAAGGAAGAAGGUACUCAGCCUCGACAGUGUGCCAAUUUGCCACUUCAGUUUUUCUUAAUCCCUUUCGAAAACCCGCCAAAGUGCCUGGACAUCAAUUAGUAGGGUGAAAGAUUUUCUGGCUAGGUCAGACAAAUAAAUCAUGACAUCUCUCUUGCAGGGUUUAUUUUUACUCCUUGCUUCUUGCAGGGUAUAUUCCACAAUCCUUAAGGAACUUGGCCCGCAUGGCUUUUUUUAAAGCAGUUCAUAAUGAUUACACGGACGGUAUGCAAAUCAAAAUGCGUGCGCGCUCCAAAAAGUGACGUGCGUUUUCGUUCUUUGACAAAACCCCCCUACCGCAAGCGCGCGCACUUUUUCCAUUUCUAAUUAUUUCCAAGUCAUAGGCGCUUAAUUAAGUAAACCACAUGAGCAUUCCAUUUCUAUUUGGUUGCAUCCUAGACCACAAGGCAGAAAUCUUUUCUUCCAAUCGACACCUUUAAGUGCCUUUUGACAUGUCAUACGAAAGCAUAAUUCAUAUUGCUAUCAAUGAGCUACGAGUAAUAGUUGAGGGCAGGUAUGAGGGGGAAAGGAAUAACGACGGAGAGAGACACGGAUACGGAACGGCGCUCCUUACAAGUGGUGAUACCUACCAGGGACUCUACAAUAACGGCAAAAGACAUGGAUAUGGCAUCUACAGAUUUGUCAACAAAGCCAGAUACGAAGGAGAAUACGUGAACAACAAGCGCGAGGGCACAGGCACAAUGUACUUCCCGGAUGGGAGUUUGUACAAAGGCGAGUGGAAAAACAACAAACGGUCGGGUAACGGCAAGUACAAAUACGUCAAUGGCGACACGUACGAGGGGGAAUGGAAGCUAGGCAGAAGGCAUGGCCAAGGCGUCUACGUAUACAAGGACCUCGGUAUCUCGUACAAAGGUAACUGGGCAUUUGGUAAAUUCGAUGGCAAGGGACAAGUUCACACACCGUACUACGUGUACAACGGCACCUUUUACGACGAGACGUCGCGAGGGCCUGGGCGCUUCUCCUUCAAAACUGGCUGCGCGCAGACUGGCCAGUACGUCUCCAAGCGAGUAGUACUGGAGGGUUACAGCGUCGAGAAUAGACCAGCAUGGAUAAGCACCGGCCUUCAUUACGAGAAAUCAUAGUUAUGCCUUAGCAACGUUGUUAUGCUUUGUCAACGAGUUUGUAUGUCCCAAUUAUGGAGGUAUUGUAAUAUUUUGUAAUUCUUGUCAAUGUAAUGUUUAGAAAAUUAGUCUGGUUUUGGUUUGAAUUGUAAAGAUAGUGAAAAAGUAUAUAUCAUA